GUUCGCAGCGAGCUGAGUGGCUAGCGACCGGGGACUGUUUUGCAUGGCGCUCGGUGAUAGGCUGGGAGGACGGAGCCGCGGGGGGAGCGCGCGCUUUCGAAUACAAUCCGAGCAGUUUGGUGCGUCUCUUUGGCGAGCGCAUCAUGGCCGAGCCGCUGGAUCCCGCGCAGGCGGAGCAGUACCGGAGCUACGUGUGCCAAGCAAAGCAGGAAGCCAGAAAUGGGAAACUGGAAGAAUCUAUCAGACUGUUCCGGCAGGCCUUUGAAAUCCAUCCCAGUGAAAAGCUGAAGUCGAAUAUAAGAAAACUAGAGGAGGCAUUGGCUUCGCUAGCACUGGAUCAGGAAGAGGAUGGCUUUGUGGACGUGUGUCAGAGUGGACUCCUGUUGUAUGGCGAAAUGCAUGAUAAACUGUUUGGAUAUCAGAGAGAAGGGGUUGCCUUUCUAUAUAGUUUAUACCGGGAUGGAAGGAGAGGCGGCAUCCUGGCAGAUGACAUGGGCCUGGGCAAAACAGUUCAGAUCAUUGCUUUCCUCUCGGGUAUGUUUGAUGCAGAACGCAUCCAGUCUGUGCUGCUAAUCAUGCCAACCACCCUUGUUAACAACUGGAUGAAGGAGUUUGCCAAGUGGACCCCGGGACUCCGGAUAAAACCCUUUUAUGGGGCCUGCAAGACUGAACGCACCAGGAAUCUAGAAAGGAUCCAGAGGAAGAAUGGAGUCUUGCUUACAACGUACCAGAUGCUGCUGAACAAUUGGCAGCAGCUCUCCAGUUAUGCUGGAAAGGAGUUUGUCUGGGACUAUGUCAUUCUCGAUGAAGCGCAUAAAAUUAAAACCCCAUCGGCCAAAACCACAAAGGCUGUGCAUGCCAUCCCUUCCAAAAACCGCAUCCUUCUCACAGGGACACCAAUCCAAAACAACCUAAAAGAACUGUGGUCUCUUUUUGACUUCGCUUGUCAAGGGAUGCUUCUAGGCACCAUGAAAACCUUCAAGAUGGAAUAUGAAAAUCCUAUCACAAGAGCUAGAGCAAAGGAUGCAACCCCAGGGGAGAAGGCACUGGGGCUUAAGAUCUCAGAAAGCCUGAUGUCCAUCAUCAAGCCAUAUUUCCUAAGACGGAGUAAAGAUGAACUACAGAAGAAAGUUAAGCAUGAACUCAAAAGCAAUCUCCUUGAAGAGCCAAGUAACGAUACUCCUCCUGCAAUGCCCUCUCUUCCCAGAAAGAAUGACUUUAUUGUGUGGCUGUAUUUAACACCCAUUCAAGAAGAAAUAUAUAGGAAUUUUCUGUCACUGGAUCAUAUAAAGGAGUUGUUGAUGACUACAAGGUCCCCGUUGGCUGAGCUGAAUGUUCUGAAGAAGGUCUGCGACCACCCCAGGCUGUUGUCAGCGCGGGCAUGUCAGCAGCUUGGUCUGGAAACAUCCGAUCCUGACAGGGCAGGUGAUGGUGAAAAUGCAGCUGGUGAGCUCUGGAGCACAAAAAGAAGUAUUGAACAUAUUUCUGAUGAGGUUCUGAUAGAGGAGUCUGGAAAGCUACAGUUCCUUAUGGCCCUGCUGGAGAGACUGCGGGAAGAGGGGCACAGAACCCUGGUGUUUUCCCAGUCAAGAAAAAUGCUGGAUAUUAUAGAGCACCUCUUAACUCUCAAGCGCUUCAGACUCAUGCGCAUUGAUGGAACAGUGACUCAUUUGGAGGAACGGGAAAAGCGGAUUGGUGUGUUCCAGAAGAAUAGAGACUAUUCCAUCUUUUUGCUUACUACUCAAGUUGGAGGGGUUGGUUUAACAUUAACAGCUGCCACUAGGGUGGUGAUCUUUGAUCCCAGCUGGAAUCCAGCUACGGAUGCUCAAGCUGUCGAUAGAGCUUACAGAAUUGGGCAAAAGAACAAUGUUGUGAUUUACCGGCUAAUCACCUGUGGUACAGUGGAAGAAAAAAUCUAUAGAAGGCAAGUCUUUAAAGACUCACUAAUACGGCAAAGCACGGGGGACAAUAGGAACCCAUACAGAUAUUUCACUCAGCAAGAACUACGAGAGCUCUUUACACUGGGAGAUACUCAAAGCUCAGCAACCCAACUCCAGUUGCAAUCCUUGCAUGCCAACCAAAGAAAGACAGACUCUCAGCUGGAUGAACACAUUGCGUACCUCUAUUCGCUUAACAUAUUUGGCAUUUCAGACCAUGACUUGAUAUACACACAAGAAAAAAUUCAUGAAGAUGAAGCAGAAGAUGAAGAAGCCCGCCAGUACAUUAAAGGUAGGGUACAGAAGGCCCAAGAACUGGUACAGCUAGAAUCCCAAGUGAAAGACCAAGGGAUGGGAUACAUCAAAAACAUGACUGAAGGAGCCUGGCUGAGAGAAAUGCAAUCUUCUACCCAGCCAAAGAAAAAGCCACCAAAGCCUUCUCCAAAGAGUAAUCUUAUCUCACCUGUAUCUGUUGAACCCACUAAGAAUGAUGAGUUUGUCAACCUUGUAUCUGAUGAUGAUAACACACAAGAUAUUGUCAAUGUGAGCUCUAGAAUGACAAGUCUAGUCAUUGAGGAUGUGGAAGAUGUGCAAAUGCUUCAAAAUAUAUCUAAUAUAGAUCCAUCACUGUCCAAGAAUGAAUGUGAUCCAGAGAGGAUGCAAGAAUACAAGCAGAAACAUGAUCUAAGCAAAAGAUCUCCUUUUCCUCACGCUCACGCAUUGUCCAACAAGGAGAACUAUAGUCCUGAAUCUGAAGUGAUGUCCUGUGAUCUACCUGGUGAGGAUGGGGAUGAUGAACAAGUGAACUGGAGCAUCUCCCAUACGGAUGCAUCACUUUCCAAGAGCAAAGAGCAUAAUAAACUAGCACAGCUACUAGAAUAUGAGCAGAAACACAUUCCAAGCACUAGAUCUUCUUUUCUGCAAGCUUCUCCUUUAUGUAAAAUGGAGAAUCACAGUCCUGAAUCCAAAAUAGCCUCUUAUCAUUCAACCGGCAAGGCAAAUAGCGUGUUUGACGAUGUCCAAAUGGAACUGCUGCAGCAGUCAUUUGAACAUGUUUCUGAUGAUGGUAAGCAACAAAUCAAGAGUGAAACGUGCCUUGAUGUUGCCACAAGCACACACACAGAGACGUGUGAAAGUAAUGAACUAAAAGCCAAAUCACCUUUUCCACUGCAGGCCAAUAAAAUGUCCUGGUUCAGUACAGACCAGAAAUCUAGGAUGAGUGGAAUUAUGCUAGAGGACGAGUCCUUCUCUGGUUCUUCCCCAUACCAGGCUAAUUUCAAUCUUGCAUUGGAAGAGUCUAUGGAAGAACGUCAAGACAUCUCAAAAACAGAUGUGUCAGUGGAGUAUAUCGAAAAUGAAGGAUUUCAGUUAAAAGUGGACAGUAGUGGUAGCUCUUUGGCUCACUCUGGGGUAGGAGAAAACAGAGGCAGUGGAAGAAUUGGGCCUAGCAAGAAUAUAAUAGGAUCUGCUAUUUUGGAUUCUUCUAACAACACACAUGAGUCUUUGAUGGACGAUAGUGAGGUUUCUUUUCAUUGUAAAAAGAAAACAGUGAGAAGAAUAGUUUCAGAUGAGGAAGAAGAAAAUGUGGGUCUUGAAAAUCUGGAUGACAUGCGUAUAAAAUCAUAUGAUUUAAAUAAUUUGGAUGAAAUAUGUAUGUCAACACCAAAGUCUAACAGGCUUAUAGCCAGUUUUUCUUUCUCUCCAAGGAUAAAAGUUAGUGGAAGAAGAUCAACUGCUUCUCGAAGAUCCAUUGUUAACAUGGUACAAGAUCAGUUGGAAGACAUGAAAGAAACAGUGGAAUCUGUCAAUGACAACUCUCAAGAAAUUUCUUUUCAAAAGGAUUUUGAUUCCAGGUCUACUUCUCUUUCAAUGGAGCUGGAGGAGGAAACAGCAAGUGAAACUGCAGAUUCUGGAAAGAUGGCUUUCCUCCUUUCUGAAUAAGCAGAGUCAUGGAAAGGGCAAAUCAUUCUCUCAGAGGAGUCGGCUGUUCCUCCGGAGAAGAUUUAACAGCAGCGUUCCUUGGUCUGGGCCAGGGACAGGCUGCCCUGCUUUGGCCUGCAGCUCCUACAGCUGCCAUCAGCCCUAGUUAACAUUGCCAAUAGUGAGAGAUGAUGAGACUUGUGGGCCAAAAUAUGUGGAGGAACAUAUGUUACCUUUGGUGAAGAACUUUUCUACUGUUUGCACUUCCUUGGGUGGAAGACUGGGAGCAGAAUCCAGAAGGAAAAACAUGAUUGCAUUAUUCAGAUGUUAAAGGAAUCCCUGUUUUUUGUACAUGUUCAAUGUUAAUUACUUUAAAGUGUUAUGUAACAGUUUUACAACCAAUUGUUAGUAUUGACAGACAAUUGGAAGGUAAAUAUGUGCAUUGUGAGAAAUUUUAUGUGUGUCUAUAUAUCACCCCCUUCUCAUACGCUUUUGGCAGUUUACAAGAAAUUA